CUUCCCCUGUAGUUUACUGGAGACUACAAUCGUCAUUCACUCUGCUGAAGACUAGAGAGAACACACAGACAACAUCAUGAAACAAAUGGUCAUAUUUGGGGUUUUUCCUUUUGCUACAUUCUACAUGGUUCACACUGAAGUACCAGAGUACUGUUCCCUACCGCAGGAUGAGGGUACAGCUCCAACCUCAGGAGCAGAUGACUUCCAGAUCCUGCUGUAUUAUGACGCAGCGAAAGACCUGUGCUACCCCUUCAAGUACUUGGGGGAGGGCGGCAACGCAAACCGCUUCACCCUGGAGAGGCUCUGUAUGAGGAACUGUUCUGCCAAGGCAGAGGAGAUCUAUCCCAUGGACGAGUCAAAAGCCUGCCACUUCAAGAAGGCUCUGGGUGAAUGCUUUGGCACCUACCUGCGUUAUUUCUACGACCCCAUCCAUGAGAAGUGUAAGAAGUUUCACUGGACUGGCUGUGUGGGGAACGGGAACAGGUUCAUCGACCAUCAUGCCUGCAAUGCCACCUGUGCUGGGAUUCAUGAUGAGGGUACUGAAGAGGAGGAGGAUGAGCCUGAUACUCCUGUUGCCCUGAUUCUAGGAGUGGUGUUUGGGAUCACUGGAGCAAUACUCAUCAUAGUCAUUGUUGUCCUGGCCAUGCAGAGCAAGAAGAAUCACAAAAGUGAUACAAAGAAAGUGAAAGAUGUCAAGCUGGAGACACAACUGCAAGAAGAACCAAUUGAGAUGGCGUAGAGAAGAGAAGACAACCAUGAAAGGAAAUUAGAAUGACUAGAACGCAUGAUUUCAUUCACGUCAACGUCCAUGAUGAGUUGUCGGGCAGCCAUAUUGAGUGUACACAUGCCAGUCAUUCUAAUUGUAGGGGAAAAACCAGCUCUGGCCAUCACCUGAAUGGCCCCUCUCAGGGUGAUAUCAUAGAGUAACAUAGGCCUACAGUUGCAACUAACAAACUUCAAAUUCCAUAUAAUGUUUACCUCAUUUGUUGUUGUCAGACUAUUCAAAAAUCAUUUGUUUCUGUGUUGACAAUAUCGUAUCUGACUUCCGCAUCACAAAUGUACGCCAGGCUAUUUCCUCAUGGUUAUGUUUGACAUCUCAGUUAUUUUAUCAUGUAUUUUUUAUACUGUCCUCUUUUACAAUAGGAAUGUAUGUUUAUUUUAAGUAAAUUUGGUAACUACUCAAAUCUUCUCCACAGAUUUGAAAGAAUAAGCACUAUUCAUCAUCAAUUAGAUUCAAGUUUGUUAUUGAACUACUGAGUGUGCAACAAGAUUUAUCUGAUAUUUUAAUUGUUUUUAAUGUGUUUUAUGUGCGACGAAAGGUUUGUGUUUGGUCUGUGUAAACAUUCUAAUAAUAAUAUUAACAUUCACAUAGGUUUUGUAGAAGCUACUAAAUGGUAUGUUUUUGUAGGACAUGAUAUGAGAAUGAACCAAUACACAGUUUGAAAACA